GCUACUGCUGUAUCCUCGACCCAAGAACUUUGGAAUUCAGAUUCUAAUAAGUACUGAAAUUGAAACAUUUUUAUCCUUCCUUUUUUUUUCCCCCCCUCUCCCUGUUCCUUUUAAAUCAAAAGCUUGUUGAUUGCAUCACAUGCCACACUUUUGUAUAUCUGGAAAAUAAUUGCUUAAGGAAAUAAAUGCUGGUUUCAGUACAUCUGUGAUUUGGGUUCCUAGGAAAUAAAAUUUGUUUUAUCUGUAGGUGUAUUUUUCCCUUGAGAACAGUUUUCUAUACUGCCAUAUUUAACAAUUGUCCUCAAAUUGAAGUCUAAAAAUAGUUUUCAUGUCCUGUCACGCUGUGGAGAGAUUAAUCACCGUGAAAAUGUUUUGAGCUGAUUUUUCAGUCUAAAAACAAUUUAUAGAGAUAUCUCAAAUUCAGAAUUUGGUGUUAGAUGAAAUCUAAGGUGAUCUCCUUGUAGCAUGUAUCGGGAGAAAAGAUGCACUGAAAUAAAUUUUCUUGUCAAGUUAGGGGUCAAGAAUUGAGCAUCUUGAUUUCUAUCUUAAAAAUUAAUGACUUUCUGCUCAGUUGUUGUUGAAGGUCCCACAUAACUAAACUGGGAAGCUUAACAGCCUUGGUGAAAGCUUUUCAUCAGUCAGCUUGCAACUGCUAUUGGAGCUAUAAUUGAAAAAAAUGCUUCAUACAGGUUUUUGAAGUUCUUUGUAAAAUAUAUCAACAGAUGCCUUUUCUUCUUAGUUCCAGGUUUCCCUUUAAUUAAUGAGAGGAUGACUGUGUGUGCAUGCACCUCAAGCUUGUUUGUGUUAGGCAAGCUACCCUAUGAUUAAGCACCCAUGCUAAUCUUCUAUUUCAUUUUUCUAGUGAGUUUGUAUGGAAGAGAUGCUGUGGUUCCCCUCAAACUCUAUUAUAAACUAAUUUCAACGUUUCAGUGUUGCAUCAUUUUGCAUUGAGUAGCAAAAGUUCUGCUGUCCACUGAUCAAUGUGACGGUCUUUAGUAGUUUUACGAGAUGAGCCAAACUCGUGGAAGAUAUGACUUCUAUAUUGGUCUGGUGUUGGCUAUGAGUUCCAGCAUUUUCAUCGGGGGAAGUUUCAUCCUGAAAAAGAAGGGCCUCCUCCGGUUAGCUAGGAAAGGCUCCAUGAGAGCAGGUCAAGGUGGCCAUGCAUACCUUAAAGAGUGGCUGUGGUGGGCUGGACUUCUUUCAAUGGGAGCUGGCGAAGUAGCUAACUUUGCUGCCUAUGCUUUUGCACCAGCUACGUUAGUGACUCCUUUAGGAGCUCUCAGUGUUCUUGUAAGUGCCAUUCUGUCAUCCUACUUCUUAAAUGAAAAGCUUAAUCUACAUGGAAAAAUAGGGUGUUUGCUAAGUAUCCUUGGAUCAACCGUGAUGGUGAUUCACGCUCCACAAGAAGAGGAAGUGGAAACUUUGAAUGAAAUGUCCCACAAAUUAGGUGAUCCAGGCUUUGUGGUCUUUGCAACUCUUGUCGUCAUUGUGUCUUUAAUUCUAAUAUUUGUGGUGGGACCUCGCCAUGGACAGACCAACAUUCUUGUGUACAUAACAAUUUGCUCUGUAAUUGGAGCAUUAUCAGUCUCCUGUGUAAAAGGUUUGGGCAUCGCUAUAAAGGAACUUUUUGCAGGAAAACCAGUGCUGAAACAUCCCUUGUCAUGGAUUCUGCUGCUAAGCCUUAUUGUCUGUGUGAGCACGCAGAUCAACUAUUUAAACAGGGCUCUGGAUAUAUUCAACACGUCAAUAGUGACUCCGAUAUAUUAUGUGUUCUUUACAACAUCUGUUUUGACUUGUUCUGCUAUCCUUUUCAAGGAGUGGCAACACAUGGCGGCUGAUGAUAUUAUUGGCACCUUCAGUGGCUUUCUCACUAUUAUUGUGGGGAUCUUUUUAUUGCAUGCCUUUAAAGAUGUUAGUUUCACCCUAGCAAACUUGCCCGUCUCUUUACGGAAAGAUGACAGAGCAGCAAACGGUACUUUGCUGAGCACGUAUGACUGCUUUAAUCAUGAUGAAGAAAGUUCUACCUGCGUAGGUGAAAUACAAUCCACUGAGAGUGUCUCUGCGAGGAGAAAUGGAAGUCUGUCAGCCUUCUGAAAAUAUCUACAUGUUAAUUAAGAAAAGAACAAUUCUGUAACUAACUCUGAGGUUUUUUUUUCUGCUGUGAAAUGUCUGGGCUUGUCUAGAAACUGAUGUACUUUUUAACAGUAUGUGUAGACAAUCGUUAAGUGUCUAUUUUUAAGUUCGAUUAGUUUGGACCAAGAACACUGGGAUUUUAAUUUGCCUUAUUUUUACUUUAAAAAUACUAAAAUGACCUCAGACCACAGUUGGUUUUGUUGCUUAAGUUAUGUGUAAAUACUCUCAUUUCACUCUUCUGUUUUAAAGAUGUAUUGCACUAAUGACAAUUUUAUCAAAAAUAAAUUGCUUUAUUUCUGCAUUGGUGAUAAACAGGUUGCAGUGAACCUGAAUCCUUUCUACUUGUACCCUGAAUGAAUACUGAGUGACUGCAAACAUACUAAAGCAGGAGCUGCACUAAGUGAAAGAGGAAAGGAAAAACUACAACCAAGCAAGGCUAAGAUUACUUUGAACAUACUGUUGUAGUAAAGCUAUAUGUUAAAAAUGCAGGAUUUGCAGUGCAUCAAAAAAACCCUUACCAAGUCAAAGGAGCUGGAUGGGAGGAACAGCAGUGCAGGAGCUUCUGCUCUGUUUGGUGGGGGUAGGGUGGUAGCUCUAAGUUUCAUACCAGCUGAGGCAAGAAGUGAGAUUAGAGCAGUUAAUAGUAGCCAAAAUAGCUGCUCUCUCUCUUCUGUGAAACAGGCCAGGUACUGUCCAUUAAACUGUGCUCCUCUGUGCUGCUUUGUGCUGUUUGAGAGUUGUUUUUUUUUUCUGAGUUGUUACAGCUUCAAUGCACAGAAUUGCAGUUUUGUUUGUAGAAAUGCAAUCACAGGCUGUGACACUGCUGUAAGACGUAACACAAGGACAAAAAAAGCCCUAUCACUUCAUGAAAUGGGGGGGUAG